CACCAGCCCAUCUACCUCGCUUCGGCCUCUCCCUGCCUACCGGCGAUGCUCGGCGUGUCCCCCGUGUCCGUACACCGGCGGCGACAGGCGGCGUGCGCUGAACAUGGGAGUUAUUAUUACCUUCCUCAUGGGAACAAUGGCAAACAAGCCAACAAAGCUGAUGAGAAAAUAGAAGACUAUCAAUUUUCCUAGAUUCGGUGAACUGACAUUUAUUUCAUCCGGUCCAGCUUUGGUCUCCGUUGCUUCUCUUGGGCUCAUUGCGAGCAUGAACGAUCCAAAACCACCUGAUAACUUGUUAGCAUACAGGCAACCACACAUGUCUGGAUGAUGGUGUUCUCCUGGCGAGUGAAGGGCUGGUGGAACACAUCAAAUCUCCGUAAUAUGUGCGUCCAAAUCUUAAGGAGAAAGAGGCUUAGCAUGGCUGCUGGGAUGUUGAGCGGUGACACCCCCCCAGACAUGAAGACAAGAUUCAUGCCCACAGUACUUAAUAUGGUGCCGAGUAAUAUGCUAGCCACCACUGAUCGCACGGUGAUCUGCUCUGUCCAUGCUUGAACUGGCUCUCCUUCAAAUGCGCGCUCUGUUGAUGGGCCCUCCCUUGGAUCGCCAACUGACUCCAUGCUUCAAUUCCUCCCUUUCCUCUCUCCAACAAAUUGCAUAUGACAACUUGUCAGGCAGAGUUUGAUGGGCUGCGUGAAAUGGUGGAAGAUUGUCUUCAGACAUCAAUUGCUCAAGCCGAUCUUCAGAAUUUUGAUUGGCUAAGAAGGUUUGGAUCUUUAUUUAUAUGAAGAACGAGGUUGCUUAUUGAGGGACAAUUCCAACCGUACAGUGCAGUUGCAGAUUAGUCCCUCAAAGAAGGCCACAACUGUGAGCAAGGCAGGCUAAGGUAAGCUUUAAGGCUGCAAAGGCAAACAGACUAUACUUAGAAGGAACAGCGCUCCAAAAUUAACUACCAGGCUCCCUAUAUAAGCCUUGUGCCCCCCUUCUCUCCCAUUGCAUCCAGCAUUUGAUUCUGUGUGUAUGCCUUGGUUUAUUAAUUUAAAUUAAUAAACCAAGGCAUGCACACAGAAUCAAACAAACAAUUGGAGCUUAUUGCUCCAUCAAAACGAACUAAUUAUAUUGGUCCUCACCAUGGAGCAUGAAGAUGAUCCCCAAGAAGGAAUCUCAACGGAGCGCGCCUUUGAGGCAGACCCCAUCCCUUCGCUGUCAGAGACCAUCACCCUGCGGUCCUUGGUGGUUAGCUUCAUCCUUGGUGUCGGGCUCAGCGCCGUCGCCAUGAAGAUCAGCCUCAACUCCGGAUUCCUCCCACCGCUCACCAUCCCAGCCGGCCUCAUUGGUUUCUACCUCUCCCGUGCAUGGAUCCGUGUUCUCGAUAGCUUUAAGGUGCCACACCUGCCAUUCACCCGCCAGGAGAACACCGUCAUCCAAACCUGUGUCGUCGCCUGCUCCGCUAUUACAUUCAGUGGUGGGUUUGGGACGUACAUCCUCGCAAUGGGCAAGAGUGCAGCUGGAGGGGACACAAAGAAUAUUGUUGAGCCAAACAUUGGCCGGUCCAUCACUUUCCUCUUCCUUGUCAGUUUUUCUGGCCUGUUCAUCCUCAUGCCUCUGAGGAAGGUCAUGAUCAUUAGACACCGGUUGACAUACCCUAGUGGCGUGGCCACAGCACACCUUAUCAAUAGCUUCCAUACCCCUCAAGGCGCCAGCAACGCAAGGCAGCAAGUGCGCGUGCUGUUCAGAUCGCUGGGGGGAACCAUCUUGUGGGAUGUCUUCCAGUGGUUUUUCUCUGCUGCAAGGGACUGCGGCUUCAGAGCCUUCCCCACGUUCGGCCUUGAGGCAUAUAAGCGCGGAUUCUACUUCGAUUUCUGCAUGACCAAUGUCGCCAUCGGCAUGCUAUGCCCAUACAUGAUCACUGCCUCCUUAUUCAUCGGGAGUGCUGUCUCGUGGGGGAUUGUUACGCCAUACCUUGCAACUAAGGCAGGUGUCUGGUACUCUGCUGACCUUAGCCCCGGAAGCCUUCGCGGCAUCAGGGGCUAUAAGAUCUUCAUCGGAGUGUCCAUGAUACUCGCCGAUGGCCUCUUCAACUUCCUAUCCAUCAUGUUCUGCACAUUGUGCGCCAUGUACAACAGGCGCAGCCAGCCAAUGCAAGGUGGUGGCGUUGAUGAUGACGGUGACACGCAGUUGCCGUUCCACAACCUCAACGCCGCUGAGCAGCAGAAGGCCAUGCAGAGCUUCGAUGACCGCCGCAGGGCGCAGGUGUUUGUCCGGGACCAUAUACCCAACUCGGUCAGCAUCCUCUGCUACAUCCUCCUGGCGGUGGUCUCCACCAUCACCAUCCCCUACCUCUACCCGCAGAUCAAGCCCCACCAUGUGACGCUCAUCUACCUGGCUGCCCCGGUGUUUGCCUUCUGCGACGCCUAUGGCUUCGGCGUGACCGACAUGAACCUGUCGAGCACCUACGGCAAGCUGGCUAUGCUCGUCGUCGGCUCGGUCGUGGGCCGUGCCAACGGCGGCGUGAUUGCCGGCCUCGUCUCCUGCGGGGUCGUGAUGGGGACCAUGUCCAGCAGCAACAACCUGAUGCAGGAGCUCAAGACGGGGUACCUGACCCUGACCUCGCCGCGCGCCGUGUUCAUCAGCCAGGCGAUCGGCACGGCGCUCGGGUGCGUCGUCAACCCGCUCAUGUUCUGGGCCUUGUACAAGGUGCAGGACGACGAGUCCGAGCUGUUCGACGUGCCCUACGCCCGGGUGUACCGCGGCAUCGCCAUGCUGAGCUCCGGCCAGCGCGGGCUGCCCAUGCACAGCCUGUGGCUCUGCAGGACCUUCUUCGCGCUGGCGCUGGCGCUGAGCGUGCUCCGGGACGUGGCGGCGCGGAGGCGGUGGCGCGUGGCGGAGUACCUGCCGAGCACCAUCUGCGUGGCCAUCGCCUUCGUGGUGCCGGCGCACAUGCCCAUCGACAUGUUCACGGGGAGCCUGGCCAUGUACCUGUGGAGGCGUGCCGACCCACGCAAGGCGCGGGCGUUCUCGGCGGCGGCGGCGUCGGGGCUCAUCUGCGGGGACGGGCUCGGGAUCCUGCUGUCGUCGGUGGUGGCGCUGACGCACGCCAGGGCGCCCAUCUGCAUCAAGUUCGUGUCGAGCAGCGACAACGUGAGAUUGGACGCCUUCCUGGCGACACUGCCAAAGAUAUCAUAGCAGCUUCCUCUUCCUUCUUGGGAUGUUUGUAAAUUUUUCCUAGGGGACACCAUAGCUGUUGUGUUGCAUGCACUUGUAAUCGGGAUUCAGUCUGGUCGAAUUUACAAGUGAAUGCAAUUUCAAUGCACAA